GCCUGAGCCGGGUGAAGUCUGGAAGCGCCUGGGGCUCGGUGGUGUCGAGAGUGUCCUCCGCUGCUGCCGCCAUGACGGAUCGUUACACCAUCCACAGCCAGCUGGAGCACCUGCAGUCCAAGUACAUCGGCACGGGCCACGCGGACACCACCAAGUGGGAGUGGCUGGUGAACCAGCACCGCGACUCGUACUGCUCCUACAUGGGCCACUUCGACCUGCUCAACUACUUCGCCAUCGCCGAGAACGAGAGCAAGGCGCGCGUGCGCUUCAACCUUAUGGAGAAGAUGCUGCAGCCCUGCGGCCCGCCCGCCGACAAGCCCGAGGAGUCCUAGGGCCGCCCCUCCCUCUGCCUGCCAGGGGACACCCCUCCCCCCAAACUUUUGGACCCGGCCCGGUUUCCUCAGAACUCGCCCGCCCGCAGGGGACCGAAGCCGG